GCUAUCUUUGUCAUUGACCGCGAUCAGUUGAGAUUGAGGAUCUAAACGCCGUACACUUUGGAAACCGUGAAGUUUAAUAAAUAAAAUAAUUUAAAAUGAGUGCAAGUCCAGCCAGUAAAAAACAAAAAAUGGUUAACUCUUUAGAGCAAUUAAAAGCUUUGACGACAGUCGUUGCUGAUACUGGAGAUUUUCAAGCUAUGGAACAAUUUAAACCGACUGAUGCAACGACAAAUCCAUCUUUGAUUCUCGCUGCUGCUAAUCAGAAAAAAUAUGCGCAUUUGUUAGACAAAGCUGUACAAUAUGGAAAAAAAAGUGGCAGCACUAUUGAGGAGCAAACUGAAGCAGCGAUUGAUAUGACGUGUGUUUUAUUUGGUCAAGAAAUUUUGAACAUUAUUCCUGGUCGUGUAUCAACGGAAGUUGAUGCUAGAUUAUCUUUCGAUAAAGAAGCUAGCAUUGAAAAAGCUAAAAAACUUAUUUCGUUGUAUGAGGAAGCUGGUAUCAGUAAGGAACGUAUUUUGAUUAAGCUUGCUUCUACUUGGGAAGGAAUCCAGGCUGCUAAGGAAUUGGAAGAAAAGUAUGGAAUCCAUUGCAAUUUAACUUUGUUGUUCAAUUUCGCUCAAGCUGUUGCUUGUGCUGAAGCUGGCGUUACUUUGAUAUCUCCGUUUGUUGGACGUAUUCUUGAUUGGUAUGUAGCAAACACAGAUAAAAAAUCAUUUGAACCCAAAGAAGAUCCGGGAGUCAUUUCCGUGACUAAAAUUUACAAUUACUACAAAAAAUUCGGCUACAAAACAGUAGUUAUGGGUGCGUCAUUCCGUAAUAUUGGUGAAAUAAAAGAACUUGCAGGUUGCGAUUUGCUGACUAUAAGUCCAAAGUUGCUCGAAGAGCUGGAGAAAAGCAACGAGCCUGUGCGCAAGAUGUUGAACUCAGAAGCCGCUAAAAAGACAGAUUUAAAAAAAAUAACAUUAAGCGAAUCUGAGUUUCGCUGGAUGUUAAAUGAGGACCAAAUGGCUACUGAUAAACUUAGCGACGGGAUCCGUAAGUUCGCUGUAGAUAUGCGAAAACUUGAGCAAUUGUUGCUGGAAAAAAUCCAAGCUUAAUUCUCAUUCUCUGUACAUAAGUUGCAAUUUUAUUUGUCCAAUUUUUCGAUACGUAUAUAUUUUGGAGUUAUUUUUUUUUUUUUUAGAUAUUUUUUAAUCAUGGGGAUUGUACAAAUUUAUAGACAUAUAUAUUCUAUUGAUGUUCAUUUAAUAAAAGGUUAUAUAAUUAA